GCGAUCGUAGACCCAAUGGCUGCUCCGGCUCCCGCUCCAACCUCGGACAUCGACACCAAGCGGUACGACCGGCAGAUCCGGCUGUGGGGGCUCGAGACCCAGCGCGGCCUCCAGGGCACGCGCCUCCUCCUCCUCCGCGCUACCGGCCUCUGCAACGAGAUUGCAAAGAACCUCGUCCUCGCCGGCAUCGGGCACGUCUCGAUUGCGGACCCGGACGCGGUGUCGCAGGCCGACCUCGAGCACGGCGGCGUCUUCUCGCUGAGCAAGGACAACCUCGGCAGCAACAAGGCCGAGGCGAUGGCGUCGCGCCUCAAAGAGCUCAACCCGUCGGUCGAGGUCGAAGGCAUCCCAAAGCCGCUCGAGCAGCUGACCGACCAGGAGCUCCGCUCGUUCCACAUCGUCGUCGGCACGCACGGGCUUCAGGGCGUGGACGACCUUGCCGCCGCCACCGACCGGCUCUGCGGCGCCGGCGGUGAGCCGGCGGCGGCACCCAACGGCAACGGCAACGGCAAGAAGCGGCUGCGCGACGAGGCGCCGGAAGCCAAGGGCAACGGAUCGCAUGAGAUUGUGCCGACGAGAUCGGGGGCGAUGCCGCAGCUGCUGGCCGCCGGCACUCUUGGUUUGUUCGGCUUCUGCGCGCUCGACCUGAUGGCGCACACGCACCGCGUGGUCAAAAAGGCGAAGAAGGAGGACGAGGAGCCGCCGCCGCCGGAGCAUUUUGUGGUCCGCUACCCCGCGCUGCGCGACGCGUUCCGGGUGGGCUGGCGCUCGCUGGACAGGCGCACCCCGCGGCUGUACGCUGCGCUGCAGCUGCUGCUGCGGGGCGGAGGGCAGGAGGAGGUGGAGGCGCGGCGCGCGGAGCGGCUCGAGGAGGACGGGCUCAAGGAGACCUUUCUGCGGGAGCCACUCACCGCUGAGUACGUCGCGACCGUGGUGCGCCACGCCGCCACCGAGCUCUCGCCCAUGUGCGCCAUCGUCGGAGGCACCGUGGCGGCCGAGGUGAUUAAGCUGGUCGAGAUCGCCGCCGGCAAGGGGCAGGUUGCGCCGAUCAACAACGUCCUCCUCUUUGACAACUCGGACGGCGCACAGGCCGCCGGCAUCACCGGCCGCUUCGGGCCGGCCUUCCGGACGGACGACGGCGGCGUCGACAAGGGCACGCCCCAGCCGGUGGCCGCGUGAGGAGCGGGGCAUGGGAGAGCUGUGUCGUGCGUGCGUGCGGCGGAUGAGGGAUCUUGCAGCGCCGGCUGCUGUGACUCCGUCUUUUUUCUGACGACGGCGGUGGGCCCGCUGUCGCAAGGACUCGUGGUUCCGCUGGGGCCGGGUAAAGUCGAGAGAGUGUGCGCGUGAAAUGUGAAAACUGAAAUGAGGGUAACCUU